UGGGAGAAAAAUUUGGAAGUUAAUACACGAAAAGGUGUAAUUCUGGCAUCCUUUGCGUCUUUCUUUAAAGCUAAGCUACUAGGAUACUAAACCUUGCAAUGCCCAGCUGAGACCAGCACAUAGCUCGUUACAACUUUCAAGCCACCUGUCAUCUACCUACGACCCCGCUAUGCGCAUAGCACGGUGAUGCAAGGAUUUGAGAGUAACUUGCACAAUGCCGGUAACCAGCAAUAUCUUCAGGACACUUCAGAAGGGCCUAAGGCGGCUCAAUCCUCCGACGAGCCUGCGCGAUCCGGAUGGGAUUCAUCACUCAUCUAGAUCCUUCAGCAGCAACGCGGCGACUCGACAAAGAUACUAUGGACGCCCCAACCAGCAGUACACCUACAAUCGAUUUCAGCAUACAGCCAACAUCUUCAAAAGGUGGUCGCAGCGGCCUAGUUUCUAUCUAGAAGUUGGAGGAGUAGCCGCAGGCAUUGGUGGAUUCUACGUAUAUAAUCUAGAGACCGUACCCGUCAGUGGAAGAAAGCGGUUCAACAUCUUUGGGCCGGAUUUCGAAAAACGAAUAGCGCAAAGCGAGGCAAGCGCAAUCCUACAGCAGUUCAACGGGAAAUUAUUGUCAGAUUGGGACCCCAGGACAAGACAGGUGAAGAGGGUCUUAAACAGGCUCAUACCGGUUUGCGGCCUGAACGAUCUCAACUGGGAGGUCUACGUCGUAGAGAGUGAGAUGGUAAAUGCUAUGGUAGUGCCCGGAGGUAAGGUCUUUGUUUUCACAGGCAUCCUUCCGGUUGCGAAAGACGACGACGGCUUGGCGGCCAUUCUGGGUCAUGAGAUUUCCCACGCAGUAGCACGGCAUGUGUCCGAGAAAUUGAGCCGGUACUCUCUCAUCUGGGCUGCUGCGGUUCUAAGUGACUUUUUCUUUGGCACCGGAGCUCUUGGCCAGGUUCUCUUAACUUACGCUCUCGAGAUGCCAAACAGCAGGAAGCAGGAAACUGAAGCAGACUACUUGGGCUUGCUGCUUAUGGCACAAGCGUGCUAUAACCCAAGAGGGGCGGUCAGCUUCUGGGAACGUAUGGCGAAGCUUGGCCAAGCGCAGCCACCAGAAUUCCUCAGUACGCAUCCUGCUCCUGCGCAUAGGGUCGAGAAGAUGAAGGAAUGGAUGGAUGAAGCGGAGCGGAAGAGGGAUGAGAGCAACUGUGGAAGUACUCUGGGCUAUGCUCGACAGUUCCGCGAGACGUUUCCUCAGGUGAGGUGGUAGUUGCGGCUUUGGAGUCAACAUCCUACACCAUCCCACUAGUUCCGGCAACUCUUACGUUGCAGUAUGUUCGACACUUUGCACUUGCUCUAGAUGUCUUUUCCAUUGCAGUCGCAAUUUUCAGUACAUGCUGGUCAAUGCACGAGCCCAAUCGAUAGCAAUCAGCUUCGAUGUUUAAUGCUGAAUCGGGUUCGUCUUAUUGCGGAUUAGAGCCUCGAUCCUCCGCGGACUUUGAGUGAAGGACGCCUCAAACUAUCCACUCACUUGCACUGGUGUUGGCCUUGAUAUGCAAAGGUUGGUUCAGCCUGAUGCGUGGCAACCCUUCCGUCAUCUGUUGUACACCCGGUAUUCGCGCAAACGUGCUUGCGUUCUGGAUCCAACAAACUGCAUGCCCAGUGUUGCAUUGUAGGCAAGACCACAUAAGCGCCAUAAGUUGGCAAGUUGCUCCUACAUUCAACGCCUAAUACAUUCUUUAAUCACUGCUUUCCUCACGAGCAUCCUUGCCGAAUCCAUAAACGCAGGAACCAACGAACUAACUUAGUGGCCGAAAAUAGAGAUAUCACGUGGAAGCAUAAACACUGAGAGCGACUGCAAUGGGUUGUCUAGCUAGAGUCAAUAGUAGAUUCGAUAGUAUGUUCGAAUGACAAAAUGACGCAACAGGCUGGCUUUAGCGGGC